GGAAGUGCCAGUGUCGUCGGUGGGAUUCUAAACAACGCAAAAACAACAUGCGCACUCUCGCGCUGUAACGAGCAAACAUGUAACAUCACAUUAUUCACCAGAACUAGCAAAGCACUGAAUCAACGAGUUCAAACCAAUGACUGUCUAACGGAGGUGUGGAGACUCGUUUCACGGAGGAGAGAUGAAAGAGGUUCGGGGCUGUGGUAUGCGGAGCGCCGUCGGGUUCCUCUCCCGCAGGACACUCGGCGGACAGCCGCACCUGAAGGAGGAGUUCCAGCGGCGCAGGCUGGCCGGCUGCUCCACCCUCUUCAAGAAGGACAUGCUCGGCCACUUCGGCUGCGUUAACGCCAUCGAGUUCUCUAAUAAUGGAGGCCAGUGGCUGGUGUCCGGUGGUGAUGACCGCCGAGUGUUGCUGUGGCACAUGGAGAAAGCGAUACACUCACGUGCCAAACCAAUCAAGUUGAAGGGGGAGCACCUGUCCAACAUCUUCUGCCUGGCGUUUGACAGCACCAACAAGCGUGUUUUCUCUGGAGGAAACGAUGAGCAGGUGAUUCUGCAUGACGUCGAGCGUGGUGAGACGCUCAAUGUUUUCCUACAUGAUGACGCUGUCUACGGUCUGUCCGUCAGCCCUGUUAAUGAUAACGUCUUCGCCAGCUCCUCUGAUGACGGCCGAGUUCUCAUAUGGGACACACGAGAGCCUCCACAUGGAGAACCAUUCUGUUUGGCCAACUACCCCUCGGCAUUCCAUAGUGUGAUGUUUAACCCCGUGGAACCCCGUCUGCUGGCCACCGCAAACUCUAAAGAGGGAGUGGGGCUAUGGGACAUCCGCAAACCCCGCAGUUCUCUGUUGAGGUACGGAGGCAGUUUGUCUCUUCAGAGUGCCAUGAGCGUGCGCUUUAACAGUACGGGGACGCAGCUGCUGGCUCUGCGCAGACGUCUGCCUCCCGUCUUGUACGAGCUACACUCCCGUCUGCCCAGCUUCCAGUUUGAUAACCAGGGCUACUUCAACUCCUGCACCAUGAAGAGCUGCUGCUUUGCUGGAGACCGAGAUCAGUACAUCCUGUCUGGCUCAGAUGAUUUUAAUCUUUACAUGUGGAGAAUCCCUAAUGAUCCUGAAGCAGGAGGUGUGGGCAGAGUGGUAAACGGGGCCUUUAUGGUUCUGAAAGGUCAUCGAUCCAUUGUGAAUCAAGUCCGCUUUAACCCUCACACAUACAUGAUAUGCUCAUCCGGGGUGGAGAAGGUCAUUAAGGUCUGGAGUCCUUAUCAGCAGCCAGAUAGUGUUGGAGAUCUUGAAGGUCUGGUGGAGGACAAGUCUCGCUCUCUCUACACUCAUGAGGAAUACAUCAGCCUGGUCCUCAACAGUGGAAGUGGACUGUCACAUGAUUACGUCAGCCAAUCAGUGCAGGAGGACCCAAGGAUGAUGGCUUUCUUUGACUCACUGGUUCGCCGUGAGAUCGAGGGUUGGAGCUCAGAUUCGGACAGUGAUUUGAGUGAGGGAGCGAUUUUGCAGCUGCACGCAAGAACACGACGUGCUACACGAUCCACAGCACGAUCUCCUGCAAAUGCAUCUGCCACUCAUCACAGUGACUCUGACCACUCCUCUUCAUCCUCGUUGGCCGGGCCAGAUGCGUCAGGGAGUGAGCGGACUGACCUGGAAAGAGGUGGGUCACAGAGGAGCCAGGCGGAGCCACGUGCAUCUGCAUUUCUACUUGACCUUGUGAAUGAGGACUCCGAUUCCAGUGGGUUCUGGUUGGACCCAAUGCCCCGUCCGAGAUCUCCUAGUCCACGUGAGAACUCAAGCCUUUCGAGCCACGCCUCCUCAGAAGGUGUGGCCUCUAGCUCUAGCUCCUCCCCAAGCUCUUCCUCUAGCUCCUCCUCCAGCAGUGAUGGCCUCGAUGAGGAGUUACGUAGAAGCAGGAUGCGACAGCGCAAUGCUGCGAGAUGGAGGCGCCAUAUAGGCCUCUCCGGCAGAGACUCAGCCCUCAAUCCUCACUCAGCAACAGAUGCCUCCAAUUACCCGAGCAUAUCUGUUCAUGAUCCGUCAUCACUCUCUUCGACCUCGGGUGACGAAGGUCGCCCUUUCAGGAAUAGUGGGAAAGAAAAGACAAGCGGACACAUCUCAAGUCCCACAUGCUUAUCCGACAGACAUGCUCAACCACAGUCCAGAUUUAGACGCCGCAUCAUUUCCCCCCACUCAGGUGACGAUGCCCCUGUUGAGAGGGCAAAAUCACGGGUUGGCUUGUGCACAGAGUCCACGGAGGAACUAGAGAGGAGGAGGACUAGCGGAGAAGACUUAACUGCGACACACAGUGCCGGCGAGGAAGUAAUUGAAACACUCAGCAGUCAUACCACAGCAGGCUCUGGGGUUAACGGACAUCCACAUACAGAUGUGGAGAGUGAGAGCCCUGCAGAUUCAAUUCACGCAGAAUGCUCUAUGGCAGACACUGAUCUUAGUAAGAACUCAGGAGAGCCCUCUGGAAGGGAGUCAGCCAGUGUUGCUGGGAAACGGACUUGUUCAGACUCCGGAGAUGAGGGGUAUUCUCCUUUGGCGAAGAAGGCAAAAAUAUUGUGAUGUCACCGCACAAACAGACUGGCUCGGAGUGAAACUUAUUUUGACUUAUUCACUUUUGGACUCUUUCAACAUCUUUUGAUUUCUAAGUUCUAAACCAACUUCCCUCGUUCUCCAAUUUCAUGCAUUUUGGGGUCACACCACAGUGAUGACACUAAAACAAUAUUAUUGAUAUUAAUAUGGUAUGAAAAAAGAAAAUAAUUGCAGUGUUUUUGGUUUCAUAAUAUUUUAGUUUAAUUGAACCUGUAACCUUUAUGUUAAGGUUUAUGCUUUGUUUUGGGGCAGUGAAAAGAAAAGGGUUUAAGGAUUUCUACAAUUAAGCCUGUUAUGAGUCUGUAUCAGUGGGACUGGGGUAUGGGGGGGGCAGUGUUUCCAUGGUAACCUCAUUGAGCAGCAGCUGUUUGAGUUGUGCAUUAAAGUUCUGUUCCAGUGUUUCCAUAGAAACACUCUGCCAUGUCUCUUCUUUAUAACCAUACACCAUUAUAAUCAUCAACAGACAGGAAGUAGCUCACUGAAAUUUUUGUAUAAGUGCUCUAGAAUCUUACAGCAAGAUAUUAUGAUGUGAAAAUCAUCACCAUGGUGAUGCAUCAGUAUCUGCUGUCCAUCUGUCCAAUGGAGAGGCUUUAGCUGUUGUGAAACACGGCCAAAUGAAAGCUUUAAAAAAGCAUGAAUGUUCUUACUGUACUCACUGGGAUGUUGUAAUCACCUGAUUUUUCACAGUUUUUUCAGACAUCUUAAAGGCAUAGUCCAAAAAAUUCAAAUUCACACGAAAGUAAUAAUAGUAAUCCACAUGACUGCAGUGGUUAAAUCUAUGUCCGCAGAAGUUGUAUGAUAGGUGUGGGUGAGAAACAGAUCAAUAUUGAAGUACUUUUUUUUUUCUAUAAAUUUCCACUGGCACCAACAAUCAUGCCACGAUCCAAAUCAUUGAGAUCAAAUUUUUUUCCCUUAUUCUGAUGGUUGAUGUGAACAUUAUCUGAAGCUCCUGACCUGUAUCUGCAUGAUUGUAUGCACUGCACUGCUGCCACACGAUUGGCCUUAUUAGAUAAUCACAUGGAUGAUUGUUGGUCCCAGAUGGGCUGGUUGACGAAUUUUCACACACAACAGUCUCUAGAAUUUACUCUGAAUGGUGCCAAAAAACAUAAUUUACCUCAGGAGUGGUUACUAAGAAAUUGUGUUACAUAACAUUUAUCAUGACCUUUGUUUAUGUACGUAAUCAUUAAAGAGAUAGUUCACCCAAAAAUUAUCAUUUUGUCAUUAUUUACUCACUUUCAUGUUGUUCCAUUCCUGUAUGACUUUAUUUCUUAUGUGGAACAUGAAAGGAGAUAUAAUGGAGAAUUACAGCCACAGUCACCAUUCACUUUCAUUGUAUGAGAAAGAGCAGCAUCAACACUCUUCAAAAUGGCUCAUAUGUCUUCCACAAUAGGAAGUCGUAUGGGUUUGGAGUAAAAUGGCAGAAUUUUCAUUUUUGGAGGAACUAUCCCUUUUAGACCAUUUUAUUGUAAGUUUAC